UGUAAUUUAGGUCAAUAUUUAGUUCAUUUUUUUGAAUUCACGUUGUCUAUUGUGAAUUACACUGCUGCAAUGGCCUUUCCAAAGACGGGAAGCAAUUUCAUGGAAAAUUACGUUGAGCAAAGAUUAACCACAAUUCACAACACUAGUGAACAAUCGGUGAAAAACUACAGACAAAAAGUAAUAACCUUCUUUGUUGGACUUUUUAUCAUCAUCACUCUACCGUACAUACAUUUAGGUGUAUUACAUCGAAUUAUAUUUCCAGGAAAGCCAAAGAUAGAUAGAAGAUCAUGUAAAUGUUCUUGUUUUGAUACAGUUUUUAGAGGUUCUUACGAAAGUCCAGGCAGCUCUGGUUAUAAACACGUAUAUUUUAAUGUUACAUGGCAAACUUAUCGAAUAUGGAUAUUCACUGUGUUAUUUAUUCUCAUGGCGUAUGAGAGUUUAAAAUACUUAGUUGGAAUCAUAUCUAACAAGUCUCUGCGAAAAUCUAUGUUUGUAUUGUUUCUUGUGAAUUUAUAUCCCCAUUAUUACUCCUGGUGGUCAUAUUUCAGCUAUUACAAUGAAGACUUUUAUGAUUACUACACUCAUCAUAUGUUGUUUACAAUUACGGAAAUUAUAGCAACGUGUUUGGUUUUAAACUUAAGUGAUAACCAAAAUCCGAUUGUUUCCUGGAAGAUUUUGGCUAUUGUUAGUAUAAAUACGAUGCAUAUUUGCAUAGCUGGAAUGGAUCAAUUCAUUGCACAUGUAAUAAGAGGAAAAGGGACAGAUUUUCAAAAUGUCCGAAACAUCGCUUUAAUGGUUCCGGAUUUGCUCCAUGUAGUGAUACCAUUGUUGGAGCUGUUUAUCCACGCUAAACAAAAUAAUAAACUCUUAAGAGAGCUCUGUUUUAAAGAAGAGGUCAUGUUGUGUGUUGUAUUUAUCUGUUUAGGAACUUUGUUUGGGAAAAUGCUUUAGAUAUGGCUCACAACAAAUCUGCAUAAAGGAUUAAGCAUUUUUGAAUGUUGAGGUAAACAUUCCUACCACUGAAUACAUUUAGUAACUAAUUGCAUAUUUGAUUUGUUCUUUUGUUUUGUUUGUGUUUUAUUGCGAUUUUUUUCUGUUAAUACAACAUCAAUAUGACAACUUAUUCGUCGAGUGCAAAAUCCUGAAUAAAUAACGGAAAUAAAUGUAUUUAGAUCGCGAUUUGCAUAAACCUCUAACUGAGUUCAAUACAGACGCUAAUCUGGUGUAAUAAUGAAAAUACGGACAACAAUACAAUUCAACAGAAUGAAUCUGGUGCUGCUUAAUUUUUUUCGUCUGUUUGAAUUAAAAUCUUUUCAAUUUGACUCGUCAAUCAAUGAUAUCAAAAUCCAUUGUUUGUGUUAUACAUGGCUUUGUGUUAUCCUGCAAUACACGUGUUAUUUUUUAGAUAAAUGCUACAAUGAA